GACGCUUUAAGAGCAGCCGAGUCCGCACUCACUUCAUUAUUCUUUUCUUCACCGAACGAGACACCAUGGCUCGAACCAAGCAGACCGCCCGUAAGUCCACCGGAGGGAAGGCUCCCAGGAAGCAGCUGGCCACCAAGGCCGCCCGGAAGAGCGCCCCGGCCACCGGCGGAGUGAAGAAGCCUCAUCGCUACCGGCCCGGGACCGUGGCUCUCAGAGAGAUCCGCCGCUACCAGAAGUCCACCGAGCUGCUGAUCCGCAAGCUGCCCUUCCAGCGCCUGGUCCGCGAGAUCGCUCAGGACUUCAAGACCGACCUGCGCUUCCAGAGCUCCGCCGUCAUGGCUCUGCAGGAGGCCAGCGAGGCUUACCUGGUCGGCCUGUUCGAGGACACCAACCUGUGCGCCAUCCACGCCAAGAGGGUCACCAUCAUGCCCAAAGACAUCCAGCUGGCCCGACGCAUCCGCGGGGAGAGAGCGUAA